AUGGGCCCCGACGCCGAGCCCCACCAGGCCACUACAGUCGACAACGUCGUCGAGCACUGCUAUGGUUUCAUGGCGCGGCUGCCAUGGGAGGCUUCGCCGGCCGAUGGGGUAGUGGGCAAUGUGGAGCCCGGCGUUGCAGGGGUAUUUCUGAAGUGGCAGGAUCUAUCGGUGACGGCCAUAAACGGGAGAAAGAGCCAUGCUAUGAUCCUUGAUGGGCUUAGUGGGUACGCGCGCCCGGGCGAAGUGCUGGCUCUCAUGGGUCCUUCGGGCUGUGGCAAAACUACUCUGCUUGAUACCUUGGCUGGACGACUCAGACCUAACAUGAAAGGGACGGGAGACAUCUUGAUCAAUGGUUGCCGUCAGAAGGUUGCAUCCGCAACCUCCGCGUAUGUGACCCAAGAAAAUGUGCUGAUGGCGACGUUGACGGUGGCGGAGGCGGUGCACUACUCGGCACAGCUUCAGCUGCCGGACUCCUUGACGCCGGCUGAGAAGCGGUCGUGGGCCGACGAUGUUAUCCGGCAGAUGGGGCUCGCCACGGUGGCCGGAACUCGGAUCGGCGGGCAAGUUUGCAAGGGCAUCAGCGGUGGCCAGCGGAAGCGAGUGAGCAUCUGCAUUGAGCUGCUGGCGUCGCCGGCGCUCAUCUUCCUUGACGAGCCAACAAGUGGGCUUGAUAGUGCCGCGUCGUACCACGUAAUGAGCCGCAUCGCCGGGAUCGCCAGAAGGAAUGGGACGACGGUCGUCGCAGCCAUCCACCAGCCAAGCACAGAGGUGUUCGAGCUCUUCCAUGGCCUCUGCCUGUUGGCCAAUGGGAGGGCGGUUUAUUUUGGGCCAGCUUCCAAGGCAAUAGAGUUCAGUGUUGUGAAAGCAUAUCUAGAAAACAUUGGUCCUGGUAUUAGUGUUAGUUUUACUUAUGCCGUCAGUGGAUUGCCCAAAAAUUGGUUACUUAAUAGGGAGGAGCCACAGGAUAUAGGGCGAGCCAAAAAUCAGACCCCAUCCAAACAGAUGCCUUCGCUGCUGUCAACGCCAAAAAAUUUAGCCAAGCGGAACCGGUUCUUUGAUGCUAAUGGCUUCCCAUGCCCAUUGAGGAGGAAUCCUUCUGAUCACUUCUUAAGGAUGAUAAACACAGACUUUGAGGAAGCUCAGGAAGAAUCAGCUAUUAAUUUGGCACAUGCUGCAAAAGUAAUCCAGACUCUAGUAGCUUCUUCUAGCUCUCUUGCUAUUUUAGGAACUGAAAUGGAAGCAAGCAAAACAAUUAAGCAGGAGGGUGACCAUGUACUUCAACGAAGGCAAGCAACCUUUUGGACCAAAUCAAUUGUCCUAACUAAAAGAUCAAUGGUUAACAUGCACAGAGACAUAGGCUAUUAUUGGUUACGUUUUGUUAUCAAUAUCACACUUUUUCUAACCAUUGGGACCAUUUUCUUCAAUGUUGGUGACAAUUAUGCAUCAAUCCAAGCACGAGCAUCUAUGCUUAUGUUCACAUCAACCUUCAUGACAAUGAUGGCAAUCGGAGGUUUUCCAUCAUUUGUAGAGGAUAUGAAGAUAUUUGAGAAAGAGCAGCGGAGUGGACACUAUGGGGCCAUUGAAUUUGUAAUAGCCAACACACUUUCAUCAACUCUAUACUUGGGCCUCAUCUCUAUACUACCUGCCGCAAUUGCUUAUUACCUAACUGGAUUUGAAAGAGGAAUAGAACACUUCUUCUUCUUUGUUGCCACUCUAUGGACAUGCACAAUGUUGGUUGAGGGUUUGAUGAUGAUUGUUGCAGCAAUUGUGCCCGAUUUUCUCCUAGGUAUAAUUAUGGGUUCUGGAGUACAAGGGUUACUAAUGCUAAAUGCUGGUUUCUUCAGGCUUCCAAAUGACCUCCCAAAACCAAUAUGGAAGUACCCAACUUACUACAUAUCUUACCAAAAGUAUACAACUCAAGGAUUGUACAAAAAUGAAUUCUUGGGCUUGGUCUUCCAAGAUUUCGGUGUUGUCGGGGGCAUUGACAUUAGUGGCCAAUAUAUCCGAAAGAACAACUUACAAGUGGAGUUAGGUUACUCAAAGUGGGUCGAUCUUGCGAUAUUACUUGGAAUGGUCAUUAUAUAUAGGGUUCUUUUCUUGGUCAUUAUAAAGGUUUCAAAAAUGGCAAAACCAUUCAUAAAAUGUCUAAUAGCAAAAGUGUAA